AUGGUUUUUACUUGCAUGUCUAAUGUCUACAUUGGAAUCCCUAAGUAAAAACAGCCUAUGAGCUUUAUUUUAUCAAAUCCUUUGAGCUUACCUAUUGCAGACACAAUGAAUUUUGUUUUCAAUACAGAAUGUUCACUUUAAAAUAAGUGCAAAUAUGCUUCAAGUGAAUUUGAGAAUCCAUAGCCUCAAUAAUUACACUUUUUUAAUGAAAAACUGUCACUAAGCUUAUAAACUAUUUAAAAAAACUACACUAAAGACUUAGAUGAAUACUCUGUUAUUUAAGGCAAUUUAGUAUCAGACAAUUUUUAUCUUUCUCAAGAUGAUUCACCUAUUUAAUUGGAAUUUAUCUCUGUCUACAAUUUUACUACUACAUAAUAUGUUGGAAAUGGAUUUAUAAAUUUAGUAAAUGGAAAUCAAAAUGGUAUAUUUAUAUAAGGCUAUCUGUAGAAUAAGCUAAUAAGUCCUAUUUUUUAAUUUGGUGUUGACAUUUUUAAUGCUAAAUUAUUAAUAGAUUAUAAUAUAACAAGCAAUACUAUAUAUCCAAUUAUAAAAACUUAUUCGACUAAUAAAUGGGAUGUGCAAAUGACUGGAUUGGUUUUAGGAGAUAUGGAUAUGGUAGCCUAUGCUCAUUACUAGACUUUUAUUAUUCAAACUUAUGUAUACUCUGCCCUUCCUAUUAGCAUUGCAAAAUAUUUAAAGAAUAAAUACAGUUAGUAUUUUUCAGAUUCAUACACUACAUUGAUAAAUUGUUUUGGUUGUGAGUGUGCAUCAUAAUUCCCAAAUUUAUAUGUAUAUACAAGCGAGUAUAGAAUUAAUAUUCCAUUAGAAGAGUUUCUGUUUACAAACACAAAUAAUUAGUGUUAAAUUAAUAUCUCUUCUUCAAAUUUAUUGUUUGGUAUCAGACAGAUACUUUUCAAUGGCGUAAUAUUCAAUCCACUUCAAGGUGAACUUUAGUUCCCUGGUGCUAAAUAAAUGUUGCAUCCAUCUAUUACUCUCUUAUAGAUAAUAUUUAUUUAAUCAAAUAUUUGGCUUAUAUUUAUUUUAGGAUUACUUUUUAAAUAUGAAAGAAAUUCUUUAGACCUUAUAUUUGAAACUGAAUAAUAUAUUGAUAAAAAAAAUAAUUAUUUAUAACUUGUUAGAAUUGCUAAAUAAUAACAAAAAUGA